AUGACCCCUCAUGCAGAGGUUAAAGCUCUAUUUGGUCCUAACAUUCUCUGUAGCUCGCCGCUCACUGGACCGUUACUAUAUGUGACUCCGCAAGGAGAGCGAAAGUUGGGAACCAAAGCAGGUAUUGACAUUGAUAAUGUCUCGUCAAAACUCAAGAAACGCAAACUCAACAAACAUGCUGAAGUUGAAGACGAAUUGCCGGAGAGAAUUGUUACAAUGCUGACAACAGAGAUUUGGGUUUCCCUCCUGGUGUAUGCUAGCAUCUCCGUUGGGGCGCAAUAUGAUUACAAGUUGAUGCCAGAUUACAGCGGGAAAUUAUUCGCACUCAACAAAGCACGCUUGCUUCAACCCGAUUGGCGUAAAAUCGAUGGCGAGUUGAUAGUUCCUGUCAAGUCCAUGCCUCGGGCCUCCACUCCGCCGCUCGGUACUCCGAAGAUCCACUCUUAUUGUAAUCUUACUCUUAUUGUUCUUUCUCGCUACACAUACCCUUUGGUUCUAGUCCCUCCUUAUUGUCUUUUACUCUACCCUGCAGGUACUACUCGUAUAGCUCCUAAUAAUAUAAAUACUGCCUAUCUCCCUUCCCAACUUAACCCUUCUCUAAGUCUUCAGGCUCAACGCCUUGAAGUACGUUCCACUCGACCUUAG